GUUGUUUUAUCGAAUUUAGAAUGGCGGCUCUUAUGCGUCUGGGUGCAGUCCGUUCCUUGGCCAAUUCUUUCGCAAGAUCGGCCUUCAAAGGACGUAGAAACAUAAACACAUCUUCGGGGAAGAAGACGGUCGAGGCUGCUGGUGACACAUGUGCUCCAUCGAAGAAGAAAAAUUGGGUUACUUAUGGAUACUCCACCACAGACCCUGUGCUCGAUCGUAUUGCUAUGCACGUGUCAUCUUUUAUGGCGAUAUCUCUGUGUCUCGUCACCGGCGGUAUCUACCUUAUUUUUGCACCUGACCCUGGAAUGCGUGAAUGGGCUCAGCGAGAAGCCUACCUUGAGCUCAGACGUCGAGAAGCAUUGGGAUUGCCAGCUGUUGACCCGUUCUAUGUAGAUCCUGAUAAAGUGGUAUUACCCACUGACGAGGAAUUAGGUGAUACAGAUAUUAUCAUAUAAAAAAUGGAAAAAAAACAAAGUUCAUAUUCAAACCGAGUUGUCACACCAAAACGUUUGUUGGGACUCAUUUGUAAUGUAUUUAUAAUUAAUAGAACAAAAAUGAAAGAGAGUCGUGUAGCGAUAUGUGAAUUCAAGUCCAGGGGAGGUACUUUCUUAGGGCUCUAAAUAUAAUAUCUAUAAUAAAUCAUGUUCAAAAGAUUA